AUGAAGUUGGCUGUUCUUGCUAUCACUCUAUUCGCAGUUGGCGUCGUCCUCUCUCGUCCAGUCUCCGUCGAAACAGAAGUGGAGGGAGAGGAUCGUGUGAAGAGAGACUAUGAUCCAAGAACCGAUGCACCAGUCAGAGUUCCAGUGGAUCCAGAGGUGGAAGGAGAGGAUCGUGUCAAGAGGGACUACGACCCAAGAACCGAUGCACCAGUCAGAGUUCCAGUGGAUCCAGAAGUGGAGGGAGAGGAUCGUGUCAAGAGAGACUACGAUCCAAGAACCGAUGCACCAGUCAGAGUCCCAGUGGACCCAGAGGUUGAGGGAGAAGAUCGUGUCAAGAGAGACUAUGAUCCAAGAACCGAUGCACCAGUCAGAGUUCCAGUGGAUCCAGAAGUGGAGGGAGAGAAUCGUGUCAAGAGAGACUAUGAUCCAAGAACCGAUGCACCAGUCAGAGUUCCAGUGGAUCCAGAAGUGGAGGGAGAGGAUCGUGUGAAGCGUGACUUGUCCUUCAGCCCAAACACUGAGGCGCCACUCCCAGCACCAAAGAAUCAUCCAGUAAAGAGAGAGAGCGAUCCAAAUGGUCAUUAA